UUAGAACUGUCCUGGAAAGGCUAAGAAUGAGUAGAAUAGUGAUGCAUUAUUUCAUCAUUUAAAAAAAUAGAGUGGGAGGGGCACAAACUACCAAUGAAAUGAUGCUUUUCUGUCCCUCCUGCUCAGACAAUAGUUAACUUGGGGUUAAAGAUUAACAGACUGACAAGGAACUGUAUAAAUGCCCUGUGGUUGGGAACACAGGGCUAGCUGAACGUGAGGAAGCGAACGGGUGCUCCUCUCCAGACUCAGUUGCUUUGCUGACUGGUCUCAUUCGCCAUGUGUUCAACAGGCCUCCCCGGUGAGCUGCUGCUCCUGCUCCUCUGCCCUGGCCUCAUCCUCGGGGCUGCUCUCCAACCCAUGCACUGUGCCCCAUGCACUGAAGAGGAGCUUGUGCUGUGCCCGCCGGUGCCUGCCAACUGCCCUGAAACUGCUCAUCCGCCAGGCUGUGGCUGCUGCCAUACCUGUGCCCGCCAGCUGGGGGAGCCCUGUGGAGUAUACACCGCCCGCUGUGGCUGGGGGCUCAGGUGCUCUGUGCCCCCAGAGGAGCCCCGGCCCCUGCAUGCCCUCCUCCGUGGGCAGGGCACUUGCCUUCCCGCCACUGAAACGGCAGAGGCUGCAGAGUCCCUGGGAGCAGAAGACAUGCCCCGUGAAGACCCUGACGUGGCAGCUGACCAGCAGGACAACACCCAGAUGACGUUUGCCACUGGCCAAGAUAAGCCUGUCCCUUGGAAUUCAGUCGCUGCCCACGAAAGUGUGAAAGCCAGGAGACUAAAUGAACUUAGGAAGUUAAAGAAACAAGCGCCAUGUAAAAAAGAACUCUACAAGGCGCUGGAGAUGUUAACCAAAGAUCAACAAAGAAUCGGAGGAGAGAUAUACAGAUUUUAUUUGCCCAACUGUAAUCGGAAUGGAUUUUACCACAGCAAGCAGUGUGAAACUUCACUUGAUCGAAGUCCUGCAAAAUGCUGGUGUGUCUAUCCAAAAGAUGGGAGCAGAAUUCCUGGAUCCAUCGAAGUGACUGGCAACCCUGAAUGUGAACAGUAUUUUGACUCACAAGAAUAAGAGCAAAUAUGCAUUAAAGUUUGUGAAAGUAGACUCCAAUUUUUCCACAGUCAAGGAAAUCCUCAGGCAGCAGCAGGUCUUUCAGCACCGACUGGUCACACAGCCUAGUCGUAGGCAUGAUUUCUCAGAUGCAAAGCCCCCAGGAUCCCAGGAUGCACUGCCUGUCAGGGCAUAGAGGACUGUGACCUAUGGUAGUGUUGCAGGGGGAAUGUGUCGUCUUAUUGUGUCGUCUUAAAGAAGUGGAGGUGCUGGACCGUCACACCUUCAAAGGAAUAAAUAACAGUAACAGGACCACUUUUGUAGCCUGACCAUAUUUCAUGAUUCAUAAACAGUGCUGGAUUAUUUAUUUUAAAUUUUUUAUAUAUUUUGUCUGUAUUAUUAACUUAUAAAUCUGUAUUCUUCAACGCUUUGAAACUUAAUAUGUGAUACUUUUAAUACUGUUUCUCUGAAAAUAUGCACUUUUUCUGUUUUCAAAGAGCACAGAAGAUCAGUUAAUAGAGUGAAUAGAGUGAAAAAAAUAUGAAGAAAGUAGUUUUUGUUAAUGAUUACUUUUGUAUCAUGUAUUUAUGCCAUUUGAAAGUGUAGUGUAGAUAUGAGAAUGACACCGAGCACAGUUCUAGUAUUUAUUUAAAAGCCUAUACCAUUUUCUUUUUCUUUCUUUCUUUCUUUCUUUUUAUUAUGCUUUAUUAUAAACACCAACAAAAAGAAAAAGAAAAACCAUACAUCUAUGUCAAUUGUUACACCAAAUACAAAAUAAACAACAACAACAACAACAACAAUAAUAAUAAUAAUAAUAAUAAUAAUAAAUUUUUAUUUAUACCCCGCCCUCCCCAGUCAAAAACCGGGCUCAGGGCAGCUGACACCAACAGAACCACAAUAAAACAUAAAAACAAUUAAUUAAAAUUGUUUAAUUCUUUUAAACAAAAGAAUAAAAUCAUGUAUUCUGACAGUAGAUCUUCUUCAAGUACUUCUAACUUCCCGUCUUCUCCAUCCUUCAUUUAAUAUUUACAGACUUAUUGCAUAAACCUGUCUGUUCAUUUUAUAAUAAAGUAUUAUUCUCCUAUGAUCUUGUUUCUUAUUUCGUACAACUGCAGAAGUUAUUCAAAGGCAGCGACUGAGUUCAUACUGAAACAAUUUUUCUUAAGAUUUGUUUUGAGAACCUCCCACUUUGCAAUAAAUACUUGUUUUGAUUUAUCUUUCAUUUUUUCAGACAGUUGGGCUAGCUCUCCAUAUUUGGCUAGUUUUUGAAACCAUUCUGUCCUGGAAGGGAUUUUAUUCCUUUUCCAAUUAGUCACUAUUAAGAUUCUGACUGUGACUGUAGCGUUUACUGUUACAUUUUUGACCAGCAAUUUCGUCUUAGAGGGAUUAAAUUUAUAGCCUGCCACUUCUCCAAAAAUAUUAAUUAAAUUUUAAUUUGGGAUUUUCAGUCAUGAUGUAGGUCAUCAGCGAAUGCUUUAAGUUUGUAUGCCUUGUAUGCCUUGUCUCCUAGUGUUAUUCCUUUGAUGCCUUGAUCUUCUCGUAUUAGAUUAUUCAGAACUUCUAACACUAAAAUGAAGAUCAAUGGAGACAAUGGUCAUCCUUGCCUGGUACCUUUACUUAUUAAACAUUCUUCUGUGAUGUUUCCAUUGAUAAUUAUUUUGGCUCUUUGCUCGGAAUAGAUGGCAUUAAUCCCUUUGUAAAAUUGUUCACUGAGCCCUGUUUUCUGCACCUGCUCUAAGUGGGCAUCAGUGUGAAGGUCACCAUGCAAGGUCUCCUGUUAUCGUGUCAUAAAUAAGACUACAAUGUAUAACAUUUAGCAGAUGAACAAUCUCACAAGUUGACCUUGUGUUAUUUAAGAUGAAUUAUGUAAUAAACUAUUUUAUUUUGAAACUCUCUCUUUGCUUUCAUCAAAGUGCUGGCUUGAAACACUGAGCUGCAACAAGCACAAAUGUUAUGAGCCGCUAAUGGCCAGAGAUAGCAGGUGGGGGGGGUACAUUUGCGCCUGUAUUUCAAGAUGGAUGGGAGUUCAUCGUGCAUCACCAGCCACCCCAUGGCAUGUGGCUGGGUUUGUGGUUUUGGAAGGUUUCCACUUGGCUGUGCAGCACAAUGCAAAUGCAUAUCAAGAUAUAUACCCACCUCCUCUCUUCAUGCGUAGCUCCCAGCUGAACAGGACAUCUCCCUUGCUAGACUGAAAUAACCAGCACUCUUUUAGCCUAAAGUCUGCAGCUUCAGACUCUGUCCUAUAGGCUGAUUUUGUCAGAUCAGUCAUGAAGCCCACUGGGUAACCUUGAACCUACCAUCACACACAGGCACUCCUGUCCAAGCUUAUUAUAUGAAAAAUUCGUGGUUCUAAAGGAAAGUUUUCACCUGGCACCUAGAAAUAUGCAAUGAAGAUGCCCUUUGAAUUAUCACUUCACAGAAGGCCUGGCACAGUAGACAAGACAGCCAUAAACUGUAUCACUCUGCAGCAGGUAAAAUGAAGAGGGCUUGUUUUGAGUUUGCAAAUUGUAAGCUUUCUUUGGAAGUGGAAAUGUACAAAACCAAAGUCUCUGUGGAGGAUGCAAGACGAGCCUUGCUGAAUCCAGCCUAUCUAGUCCAGUGAGGAACCAGAUGUACCAAUGGGAAAAGCCCACAAGCAGGAGCAGAGUGAUGCCCUCCCCAAUUGCAAUGCCCAGCAAGUG